AUGUCACCGCGUCCGUCCACUGCUCCUCUGCGUGCCCCUUUGCCUUCUCCUUCUGCUUCCUCUCUUCUUGCUCUUGCCGACCCGGAGUCGGACUCUCUUCGUGCUGCCAGUCCUACUGUCACGCGUCUCCUGGCUACUGCUGUCACUGACCCUUCCUUCGAGUCGUCUGCUGCGUCUGCCCUUGUCACUGAGCUUGUCGACUUUGCUGCGCGCUGUCGUCUAGACUACGCUGCUCGGCUUGUCACUGAGUCUGAGUCCGCCUGUCCUCCGUCCGUCGGGGGUGAGUGUGCCCUUGGCACGGACGUCCUUGAGGACAGGCAAGAGGAGUUCCAGUGUCUGGCCGCCGCUUCACCUCGUCUCGCGUCUGUACUGCUAGCCCCUGAGGGAGACCCGGAUGCACCAGACAUCCCGACUCCGCGCUCUUACGCGGAGGCGAUAGAGGGUCCCUACUCCUCUCAGUGGCAGGCAGCUAUGGAUGCAGAGAUGGCUUCCUGGAAGUCCACAGGCACCUACGUUGACGCUAUUCCCCCUCCUGGGGCGAACAUCGUCAGUGGCAUGUGGAUUUUCAGGGUGAAGCGGCCGCCGGGUUCUCCGCCUGUCUUCAAGGCGCGUUACGUGGCUCGUGGCUUCAGUCAGCGGCAGGGGGUUGACUACUUUCAGACCUUCUCCCCCACCCCGAAGAUGACCACUCUUCGGGUUCUGCUGCACGUUGCUGCUCACCGUGACUACGAGCUGCACUCUCUCGACUUCAGCACAGCUUUCUUGCAGGGCAGCCUGCACGAGGAGAUCUGGCUACGUCGCCCACCUGGCUUCACUGGGUCUUUCCCUCCUGGUACCCAGUGGAGUCUCCGGCGUCCAGUCUACGGUCUCCGCCAGGCGCCACGUGAGUGGCACGACACACUGAGGACUACGCUCGCGGCACUUGGGUUUGCUCCUUCUACUGCCGACCCGUCGCUGUUUCUGCGCACCGACACCUCUCUGCCGCCGUUCUACAUCCUCGUGUACGUCGACGACUUGGUCUUUGCCACAGCUGACACUGCUGGACUCGCCUACGUGAAGUCCGAGCUGCAGAAGAGACACACGUGCACUGACCUGGGUGAACUGCGCAGCUACCUUGGCUUGCAGAUCACCCGGGACAGAGCACGCCGCACCAUUACCCUGACUCAGUCACACAUGGUGCAGCAGGUCCUUCAGCGCUUCGGCUUCACGUACUCCUCGCCUCAGGCCACUCCUCUGCCUACUCGCCACUCGCUCUCAGCUCUGCCUUCGGAUGAGUCCGUAGAGUCGAAGCACAUGGCUGCAGCGAAGAGGGUGUUGCGCUACUUGUGCAGUACGUCGGGCAUGGGGCUAGUGCUUGGAGGGCGCAGUCCAGUCGUCCUCACUGGGCACGCAGACGCUUCUUGGGCUGACGACCAGGCUACGCAGCGGUCGUCACAGGGUUACACCUUCAGCCUUGGUUCCGGCUCUGUUUCGUGGCGGGCUACCCGCUCGUCUUCUGUUCUCGGCUCCAGUUGUGAGGCUGAGAUCUACGCUGGGGCUAUGGCUGCACAGGAGUUACGCUGGCUCACCUACCUGCUGACCGACCUUGGAGAGCAGCCUCGUUCUCCUCCAGUCCUGUACGUAGACAACAAGGCCAUGCUGGCCUUGUGUCGAGAGCAGCGACUGGAGCACAGAACGAAGCACAUUGCUCUCCGCUACUUUCUUGCUCGUGAGCUACAGCAGCGUGGACAGUUGCGACUUGCGUACGUGGCCUCUGAGGCCAACACUGCUGAUGUCUUCACCAAGGCACUUGCGCCUUGUGAUCAUCAGCGUUGCUGCACGCAGUUGGGUCUUGUGCCUGUCUUGCCUCACUUGCUCUCCUCUUGA